CGAGGAAUGACCUAGUAGAACAGAUAUUCCUCGUUGAAGCAUUCAAAUUCGGUACUUCUACGAAGAACAUUGAACGAGUCAACUCAAUGCCUAUAUUAAUUUGAAAACUGCAGGUAACUAUGUAUGAAAGAAUGGUCCAGUAGUUCUUUCAAAGUAUUGACAUAGACAUUGACUCACAACUGGUCGUCGAAAAUUUUGAUAGCAUGCCGUACAGGAAAAUGAGAAGGAAGCCAUUGAUUUGUAUUGAUGUUGAGGUAGGCAAAUAGAGAUGCAUGAUUGUAAGUAUCCUGGACGAAAAAAUAGCGAAGGUUGUUCAGUACUGUCAUUAAUUUUUCUGUCGGUCGACGGGUUGGGGUCGACUGUUCUUGUUAAUAAUUAUGACAUGUUCUUCACUUUUCAUUCGGACUAGAGCGAGUAACACUACUUCAAAUUCCAUCUACAUCUACUUUUCUACAACGAGUGGACUCGCUGUAAUGACUUGUGCUCGCUGGUGGUGUAAUGAAUUGCUGGUAAGCUACCGAAUCUUGGUGUAGUCUUAUUUCUUCAGACCCAGAGAGUCAUGGCGGCAGAGCUAGAUGCCCUCACCCUUUAUGAUGUGUUGGAAGUAGAUCACACAGCUGAUCGAAAACGAAUAACACAGCAGCAUCGCAAGCAGGCAUUGCGAUGGCAUCCAGAUAAACAUCAUGAGGACGAUCGCCGCACUGCGCAAAAACAAUUUCUUCGAGUGCAGGAGGCAUAUGAGGUACGAACCUAAUAUCAAUGUGUUUUUUUUUGGAAAUACUUACAACAUCAUCUUCAUGCACAUGCAUCUUCUUCAUCCAGAUUGGAAGCCGUUAUUCACGCAGAUAAACUUGCAGGAACUCCCGUCCGGCGUCAAGAACGAUAAUCGUAGUUCUUGCCUACUUAAUGUGGUACCAAAAUACUCAGGUUCUCACGUCCGAGAAGCUGCGACCCCUGUAUGAUGGGUAUCUUGACGCGCGCGACCGAGGGGACGUUGGCGAAGGCACAAAUUGGAGCGACUUCCGACAGCAAAUGGAGAAUUCUACAGAUGUCUACAGUGGUGAGAAUCUAGCGGAGCAGAUAGUGCGAAUGCGCAAAGAACGGGAGGAGCGAUCUGCGAUACCGACAGCAGAAGACUUGAAACUUCUAGGCUACGCCACUGGGGGAUUCCUUCUGGGGGGUUUCCUGGUUUACAAACUCUUUCUGGAGGAAGCGUUGUGGCUGAACGGCGUGCCGUUCUUUUCAGGGUUUGAGUUUGCGGAGAGCACCUUGCCAGCAAGUUUUGAGAUUUCGCAUCUGCUUGCGAUGCGCCGGAUGUCCGCACAGCUUGCUUGCCUUGUGCGGUGGGCUCAAGGAUGCGACGCGCUCGGGAAUUCGUCUAAGCAGGGCUCAGUUUUUGGAGGUGGCUCUGCUGGAGCUGGAGGGACGAAGGCGAAUGCUGCGGGAGGUGGAUUGUCAGCGUUUGCCUGCGGUUGGAACUUUCUAACGGCGGCUGCAGCGCCGCCCAAACACGCAGCUUCACCAGCACCUACACACGAUGCGGCAGGUUUACUCGGAGGUGGUGCACGAGGCGCGACAUUGUCCACCACAACAGGUUCAUCUGGAGGUAGAACAUUAGCGGGUAGUACCAGCAACACCUAUGAGGAUCGUUCCAGCAGCUCGACCAGUACUUCCAGCGCUACUUCUUCAUCCACGACACCAUCUUCUGGUACGACAGGAGGUUUUUCAGAAUCGUCCUCAUCUUCGAGCUCUUCAUCGUCGAGAAUACCUAGAAAUCCCGCAUUAGCUGCUUCGGUUGCGUCUCUCGGUGGACUUCUUGUUCCAGAGCAUUUUGCGGCAUCCGCGUGGCUGCUACUGGGCUUAAGACUUCCGGAAGUCUCCCAUUUUGAGAAGCAUCUUGGACCUCCCGUAUCAGGGGGAAUAAACGGGUCCAAGAUGAGUUCAUCAAGAUGGAUUCCCGGAAGGUCUAAUAGGCGCGGCAGGUAGAAACGCGAAGCCAGGAACGCUUUUAGCAGAACUGACGAACCCGGAAGCGCUGCAACAGCGCUUAUACUUCCCCUUCGCAGGACCCUUCCAAGCGUGGCUUCGCCUCCAAGCCAUGUUAGCGGAGAAAGCACUUGUGAAACAAUUCUCGUCGUUAGACGGCUAUCUUUGGAUGGAAUAGCCAGUUGUAACAUAUUUAAUCCUAAGAAUUCCCUUCCACUUCAUUCACUUACAUCUUCAUCUCGACAACAACCUUUUUGUUCCUACAAAACAGAUUCGCUUCAUCGACUUGGUUUGUUCUACCGCUUUGGUGUAUGAAGCAUCUUGUCUUCCAACUUCUUCAUGUUAUAAUUUAUCAUGUUGCGCAUGAACAAGUCGACACGGCAGCGACCACAUUUUCCUCCACGCUUUUCUACCUAACGAGAAUGGCGGACGCUGGAGCUGCGACAAAAAGAGUCUGUGGUCGCCACAGAAUCGAUCAAUGAUGAUGUUUUACCCGCAGAGAAGUUAAUAC